CUGGAAUGUCCCAGAUGAGAGACUUCAGUAAUGACUGUCAUCACUUUCACCGUGUCCCUGCUGUGCCUGCUGCCGGCGGCGGCGCUGGCCCGGUGGGCCUGCGUCCGGGCCUGCCCGGCGUCCUGCUCCUGCACCCAGGAGAAGAGCUGCAGCGUGCUCUGCGACCGCUCCGCCAUGGCUGAGCUGCCCAAAGAGUUCCCCUGCGAGGCGUCCGCCAUCAACCUGGACAAGAACCGGCUCAAGUUCCUGUCGGAGAGGGCCUUCGGGACCCUGCCCUCCCUCAAGUCCCUCUCUCUGGACCACAACAACAUCUCCUUCAUCACCCCCGGAGCCUUCAAGGGUCUCGCCAACCUGGUGGAGCUGAAGAUGGCGCACAACGAGUACAUCAGCUACCUGCACACGCGCACGUUCACGGGCCUGAAGAAGCUGGUGCGCCUGGAUCUGUCGGACUGCAACCUCUUCAGCAUCCCCGACCGCAUCUUCAUCGAGCAGACGGCGCUGAAGGAGCUGCUCUGCUUCCAGAACAACUUCAGGAGGAUCCCCGGGGCCAUCCGGGGCAUGGAGAACCUGACCCACAUCUACCUGGAGAGGAACAAGAUCGAGGCGGUGGCCUACAACUCCCUGCUGGGCCUGGGCAGCCUCCGGUACCUGAACCUGCAGGAGAACCGCAUCAACGUGAUCCACGACCAGGCCUUCCAGGACCUGGUGCGGCUGGAGAACUUCUACCUCAACGACAACCUGCUGUCCGAUCUUCCCCGGCUCGCCUUCAAAGGCCUCGUCCGCCUCAAGAUGCUCAACCUGGGCGGCAACCAGCUGACCAACGUGUCCAGGACCUGGUUCAGCGACCUGGUGGAGCUGGAGGUCCUGUACCUGGACCGGAACCAGCUGCUGUACAUCGAGGAGGGCACCUUCGAGAACCUGACCAGCCUGAUCACGCUGCACCUGAACAGCAACAACCUGACCACGCUGCCCUUCCCCGUCUUCCAGCCCGUCUACUUCCUGGGCCGGCUGUACCUCUUCAGGAACCCCUGGGAGUGCGACUGUUCGCUGGAGUGGCUGAAGGAGUGGAUGGAGAGCUACCGGCUGGUGCGGGACAUCCCCUGCGCGUCGCCGUCCUCCGUGGCCGGACUGGACCUCGGGGAGGUGGUCUUCGCCAAGGUGAACGGCACGUGCGUGGACCCCGGGGAGCUGAACCUGACCACGGCCUCCUCGGAGGUGGCCUCCACCACGGAGAACCGCUUCAACAGCCUCAUCUCCAAGCUGCUGCAGCAGGAGCUCCGCGAGGAGAUGGGCAACGGGACGGAGAGCCUGCGCAACGGGACCCUGCUGGACCCGCAGGAGGGGCAGCUGUCCGGCGGGGCCGGGGGGCCGCCGGCCGGACCCUCGCUCUGCCGCCUCGCCCUCUUCUGGAUGGUCUGGGCUCUCCUCGGCCAGCCGGACCGUCUCCUCCGUCUGUUGUGCACGUGA